UUGCUAUUUGUAGAUCUCCCCUUAGCAUAUAACUCAUGUACAACAGCAUCUCUUGCCAUCUGGAACCUUGGUAAUCUAUUGGGCUGCAGUCUUAUUUUGAGAAAUGAAUCCAACCGCCACCAUGUCAAGCAAAAGGGCAAAGACCAAGACCACAAAGAAGCGCCCUCAGCGUGCCACUUCCAAUGUUUUUGCUAUGUUUGAUCAGUCACAGAUUCAAGAAUUCAAGGAGGCAUUCAACAUGAUUGAUCAAAACAGAGAUGGUUUCAUUGACAAAGAAGACCUGCAUGAUAUGCUUGCUUCACUUGGGAAGAAUCCAACUGAUGAAUACCUAGAUGCUAUGAUGAAUGAGGCUCCAGGACCAAUAAACUUCACAAUGUUUCUCACAAUGUUUGGAGAGAAAUUAAAUGGCACUGAUCCAGAAGAUGUAAUCAGGAAUGCCUUUGCUUGCUUUGAUGAAGAAGCAACAGGUUUCAUUCAAGAAGACUACCUGAGAGAAUUGCUGACAACAAUGGGAGACAGGUUUACAGAUGAAGAAGUAGAUGAGCUCUUCAGAGAGGCACCAAUUGACAAAAAGGGCAAUUUCAACUACAUUGAGUUCACACGCAUCCUUAAACAUGGAGCAAAAGACAAAGAUGACUAAAAUAGAACUCUUGCCUCUGCCAUUUUCUUUAGAUCUCACCUGCAGUUAUCUUUGAGGGGUUUUUUCCUGGUAGGACCUGUUGCAUGCAUUUAGCUUUACAGCUUUUGCCUUUCUUGAUGUAUUUAUCUAUACCAGGCAUUCUGGCACAUCUUGCACCUGUAUAAUCAGGUUGGCAAUGGGGAUUGUAGUUGUGAGGGAGCUGGAGGAUAAAAUCAAUGACUCUGAAGGCCCAGGAAAAACGUCUCAAUGUUUCUGGUUUAGCUGGAUUUUUACAUUUUGUAAUAAUGCCAUUUUGAAAUAAGAUUGCUAUAUCAAUAAAAUACCUCAAAUGCUG